AUGGCAGAUAUCACACUGUCCAACGACAAUGGCAUUCCGGGGACUGUUCACUUGGUUGAUCUUGAGGGAAUGGUCGAUGCUCAGCAUGCUUCCGGGACUAUCAAAGAUGUCGUCUUGAUUCCUACUCCAAGCAACGAUCCGAACGAUCCAUUGAACUGGACCCCGAGGAGAAAAUCUGUUUCCACUGCUUGCACUUUAUUGUAAGUAGCGGGACUACUCAGUAACGAGAUGGUGUAACUCUUAUGGGUAGAUACGUCUUAGCAGUAGCGUUCCCAUCUUCUGCCAUAUACUCGGUCUUUAUGCCCAUUAUAGCGAAAACCGGCAUUCCUUUCGGAACUCUGAAUGAGGGCACCGGAUACAUGUUUUUGUUCCUCGGAUGGGGCUGCGCAUUUUGGCAACCAGUCGCUCUGCAUGUUAGCUAAUGAUUAGUCCAAAUAAUGAACCAAGCUUCUAACAUAUUUCUAGUACGGAAAACGCCCAGUAUAUCUGUUCUCGGUUCUAGCGACCCUUGGUAUAACAAUGUGGGGGCCCUAUAUCGAAACAAAUGGACAAUGGAUCGCCUCCAAGAUUCUUCAAGGUUUCGUUGGAGCCCCAAUCGAAUCUCUUCCCGAAAUUUCGAUGGCUGAUAUAUCUUUUACUUAUAAACGAGGGGCAUAUAUGACGUUAUAUGCCUUCGUCCUUAGUGGAAGUAAUUAUAUCGCUCCGACACUUGCGGGCUUUAUCUCCAAUGGACAGGAUUGGGAAUGGGUUUUGGUAAGUUUCUGUUUCCAUCGACGAAUAUGCGUUACUGAACAAUUUCAGUAUUGGUGCGCAAUCUUUUGCGGAUUGAGCUUCGUAAUCCUCUUCCUCUUCAUGGAAGAAACUAACUACGACCGCCCGCCAACAAGCCCAAACCCAGCAGUGGUACCAGGAGAAGAGGACGCUCCUUUGGAAAGCAACGAAAAGGUCGCCCACCAGCUUUCAAUCGCCACCCAGAUGAACAGUCGAGUGGUGACCGGUUCUACCAAAACAUUCCUUCAGAAGAUGAGUUUGAGAGAUAGGCCCCGACCUUUUAAAUGGUUCCUCUUCUCGCUGAAACAACCAUUCCAAUUCUUCACUUUUCCCGUGGUUCUAUAUGGCGGGUUCGCGAGCGGGUCUGCAUUGAUAUGGUUCAAUUUCCUGAAUGCCACUGCGUCGCUUAUCUACAGCUCCCCUCCAUACAACUUUAAACCAUCCAUGGUAGGACUGACCUACAUAUCCCCCUUUCUGGGUGCCGCUCUCUGGUACGUCCCCCCUCGAUCCGAUUUCAUACAAAACAACAAGAAACUUACAGAGGUUCCCUCCCAGCAUGCUCCUCACCGGCACAAUAGGCGAUAAACUUAACAUUUACCUCGCCCGUCGUUCCCAAGGCAUCUCCGAACCCGAAUACCGUCUCUGGCCCCUACUAAUCACUACCGUUUUCGGGCCCAUGGGACUUGUAAUUUGGGGCGUAGGAGCCGCGAAUUCCAUACAUUGGUUCGGACUGGUAGUCGCGGAAUUCAUGCUCGGGGUCAGCAUCACCAUAACGAUUACCAUAGCUUGUAAUUACGCGAUCGAUACCUAUCAGCAACUUGGGGGCGAGUCUUUGGUCGCGGUUGUCAUCGUGAGGAAUACCAUGAGUUUUGCUAUUGGUUAUGGGUAAGUCCAAGUUCUCCCUCACUUGACGGCCAUUGGAGGAAUUGGAGUAUUAACAGAUAUGUAGAAUUACUCCUUGGAUUGAGCAUACGGGGAUUCAGAGUACCUUCAUUGCGGCUGCGUUCAUUGGCUUGGCUGAAACUUUGGUUUUUCUGGUUUUUGUGAAGUUUGGAAAACGCUUCAGACGUAAUAGUAAGAAAAGAUAUGCCAAGAUGGUCAGCGAUAGCGCUUUGAUGGGCCAGGGAGAACAUUGA